AUGCAUAAAAAUAUAUGUCCAUUUUGUCUUGCAUAUUACCGUUCUUAUAAACAAUUUUAUGAUGUAAAUGGACAUUUCAACACCAAAAAAUGUAAAAAUGAACAAAAUAAAAUUAUUACAAAUAAUCAAAAAAGAGAUAGCUUUUAUAAAAAAUUAGUGGAUAUUACUGGUGAAAAAAUAAAAUAUCCAACAAAUGAUCCAGAUGACCCAUGUAAACAUUUAUGUAACCAAAACCAAGAUGAAAUUUUUUAUCAAGAAAAUAAUGAAAAUAAUGAAAAUAAUCAAACAAUUGAUAAUGAAGAAAAUCAUGAUAUAAUUGGGUUGGUACAUAGUGAAGAUGAAAACAAUGAAAUUAGAAUAGAUGAAAAUGAAGCAAACAUUAAUAAUGAAAAUAAUGAAAAUAAUGAAAAUGAAAAUGCUCAAAACGAACCAAUAAAUAAUAAUCUUAAUAAUAAUUUAGAUAAUGAAAAAUCAAAAAAAAAAUUAAAUGGAACUGAAAUUGAAUUUUUAAUGUUGGGAAUUGAAAACUCAAUAAGUUUAAAGCUUCUUGAAAAAUUUAAAAGUUUUAUUGACAAAAAUAAAACUAAUUUAAAUCAAAUAAGAUACACACCUCAAUAUAUUGAUAAAUUAUUUAUGGAAGAUUUUCAAAUAAAAGGAGAAACAUUUAUAAAUAAAAAUUAUGAUCACUCAAUUUUUUAUUUUGAAAUUAAAAAAGUAUUAGAAACUUUAUUAAAUAAAAAGCAAUUUUUUGAAAGAAUAGAUUUUGAUACAGAUUUUGAAACUGGAAUUUAUACAAAUUAUAAAAGUGGUCAACAAUUUAAAGAUUUAAAAAAUAAAAAUAAAAAUAAAAUUGUUUUACUUAGAAUAUUCACUGAUAUACCAAAUGAUUGGUUACUUAAUUUCCAUCAAACAAUUAGGGCAUUGUUUUCAUCUUUUAUUGGUAAUGGCUUUAAUUUAAUUAUUGAAAAUGAGCAAAUAGAUGUUGUACCGUUUGGACUGACAAUGGAUAUUCCAGAAUUUAGAGCAUCGUGUAAACUUAAUGGACAUAAUCCAAAUGAAUAUGCAUGUCACACAUGUGACAAACCAAGAUAUGGUUUAUUUAUUUGCAAAUCAGGUACAUUAAGAAAACAAGAAGAUAUUACAAAUUUUCACUCCACCAAACCAAAUUAUGCUGAACUAAAUGCUGAUAUAGAAUUAAAAAAAGUAUGGGAAAAAAAGCAAAAGAUAUUGGUAUCAAAGGUGUGGACAGAGGGUGGGUCGAACCCUUGUCCAUUAAUUAUUUAA